AUGGAUGAAAAUGCUAUCGAUAAUCGUUCAUUGGUAAGCGGCGAAGUCACCAAAGGACCACGUACAGCAAUCCAGCGAUUGCCACGUCACAUGCGACGUCGUGCGAUGUCAUAUAACGUACGGCGACUACCACGUGCACAGCGCCGUUUCGCGAAAUCAGCCACUGCUGCUUCAAAGCAUCGUAAAAAAGCGCCAAGCCGUUUCUGGAGGAGACGACCACGAAAUUUACUCUUGAACUAUGUCAGGCGGCAAAGAAAGCAGAUUUGGCUGGAAACUCAUAUUUGGCAUGCGAAGCGUUUUCGAAUGAUUGAAAAAUGGGGCUAU